GCGGACGCUUUUUUCCUUCCUAGGAGAAAUCGAGGAGCUGCGACUUUACCCCCCGGACAACGCACCUCUUGCUUUUUCCUCCAAAAGCUCUGAUAGUUGUUCCUUGUGCAGAAGAUGACUAGACUGGCCAAGGCAGACCUGUUACACUUGCCUGAGUUAGGCAUUGUUUGCCAUGCCACUAAACCUGCCGUCAAGUGAAACCUUCAUUGGGGAAAUGAGAUCGGAGUCUGAACCGCAGAAGAUGGACGCCCUGUCUCUGUUUUUUAUUGUUUUACUUUAAUUUCUUUUUCUUUAUUUUGUCCCUUUUUUUUUUGUUUUGUUUUUGUUUUUGUUUUGUUAAAUCUCUUUCACUUUAACUUGUGAGCUGGUUUUCCAGUUCUUUGUAAAUGAUAUUCCAUUAAAGGUUCAUAACAUUGUGUUGCAGAUUAUAUUGGGAGAUGAUUAGCAGAACUCAAGAUAAAAUAAAUUUUCAUGCAGCAAAUUAGAAUACAUUGUUUUAAAGCUCAGUGUGAGUCUUAAUUGGUGUUGAUAGACUGAUCAGAUACAAUUUGUUCUCGAAACACUAAAACACUGGUAAGAAUCUUAGGAACACUUUUUAAUCUCAAUUGCAGUUUUUUUCUAGGUUUGUGUCUGUCAUAAAAAUUAGUUGAAUAGCUCCUAAUUUUUAUCCUUCCCCUUAGAAUUUUAGGAAUACACAAUCAUUAAGGAAAAUAAGAAAAUUUCAUAUAAUAAUCAGAGGGUAGGAGAAAAGAGACUUUUAUUAUAGAUGAGAACUUAUUUCCCUAAUUUAUGAAGACUUUUAGCUGCUUACUUGGGGAAUGAAUAUUUGCAAAGUUGUAACUUAUUUGCACAUGUGUUUUUCUGUUUGCUUAAACUUUUUGUUGACACAAAUUUUCAGAGGCUACUAGUUUUUAAAUGGAUUCUGAGAUUUAGACUAGUACUUUCAUAUUGAGAGAUGUUUUUUCCUCUAAGUUGUCUUUGAGGAAUAUAGUUUAGGAAAUUGGAGGUAAAUUUGAUAGAAUUCUACCUUGGAAAUUAGCAAUGGAAUUUUUUUUCUUUUUUAAAUUAUCUUUAAUGGUAAUUAGAAAAAAGUAUUACUGUGCUUCUAGUUAGACAUAAAGAUUUAAGUAACUUUAUUACAGCCCUGAGAGGCAAACAACCUACUGGUACUUUAUUUAAGCCAUAAAUGAAAACCUGUAAUAUUAAGUAAUCAACUUUUGGCCUGUGUUGAACACCCGUUUUGUUUCUUCUGCGGAUAGCUUUGCUUGUUAAUCGACAAGUAAUAUUAAAUUUACAGCAUUACUAGAUUGGAACUAGUCGUAAAUUGGGGUUACUACCUAAGCAUAGGGCUUGCACCCAAAAACCUCAGUUAAUUUAUCAAGAUGUAUUCAAGUUUUGCAAAUUUUUCAUUAAAAAAAAACACUUCUUUAUAAUGGAUUAUCAGUUCUGAUAUCUAUAAAUAGUAUAUAUGUGAGUAUAUAUACAUACAUGUGCUAACCUUAGUAAUAAACAAAUUAUUUUUUGAUGUCUUUAGUAAGGUCUACCUACCUUUUGUUUAUGCAUGUUAAAAUCUGUGCUUGUGCAGAAUUUACAUUGAAAUAACAAAGUAACUUUGCUUUUGUAGUUAGUAAAUUAAAGUACUAUAGAAUUAGAUGUUGCAAAGCUCAGAAAAAAGUAGACAUUUGCUAAAGCUAAUAAAUUUUUAUUCUGUUGCUAUAAAUAAAACAUAACCAUUAUUUAAAGCAAGUUUUAAAAUCUGUCUUGAAUUCCAUCCAUGUUUAGAGAUAUAUUCAGAUAAUAUUGUUUAGAGGUUUAUCCCUGCACAUCUGGUGGUUUUAAAUAGGAUUUUUACCAGUAAAACCCAUCGUGGUGCUUUUAAAAAUUUACUCUGUAUGCUAUAAACAGUUUAGCGAGGUUUUGUACGCCGUGUUUUAAAUCACUUUUAGAGAACUCAUAAUGGAAAUGUGUAGCCACCUACCAUAUAACUAUGAAUUAGUUCUUCUAAAAUAUCUGUAGUCAAUUUUUUAAGAAAUACUUUUUUUUGGGUAAGAUAUAUGAGCAGGAAAAAUAUGUGAAUGUUGUAGUCCUUAUCAAAAUUAAUUGACUAGAAUUCAGUAAUUAAAUAUGGCAAGUUGAUGUUUCUAUUUCAGAGUGUGUUUUUCAUUUUUUAGGUUGUGGGAUUUUUUUCCUUCUAAGUAUCUAAGAUUAUUUUAGUGUUACUGUUGUUAUUGUUAUUAGCAGUUAAAAUGUUUAUAAACAAGACAUUUAGGCAUUAACCACCCCUCUUCGGAUAAGUAUACAUAAGUCUAAAAUUUAACUCUUUAAGAAGGUACCUGAGAUUAGGGAACUUUUUUCUUCUGUUGUUACUCUCAAAAAUUUUAGCAGUUUCCCAAGACAUGUUCUUCAGAACUGGAUUCUUUUAAGCAUCUUUUAUGUUAUUGAUGAGCUGCUUUAUUAACUGAAUGGGUGUAGUCUUCCUUUUAAUUGAAGGUGAUUCAAGAAGUAGGUUUUUGUUUUCCUUCUGUCUACUAAAAUUAAAUGGAUUUCUUUGGAGGGUUAUCAAAAUUGUUUUAUCACAACAAUUAGUUUCAGUAACAGGUUAGGGCACUCAUUAAGGAACAGAUUUCAAUUCGCACAUAUUUGUUUUUUCUUUUUCUUUUUUUUGACUAAUUUGGUUAUUUGCCAUUUCUGGGGAUUAAACUUUAAAAAAUGUUCUUCUUUUCUGUAUCUGAUGUUCUGUGUGCUAUUAGUGAUGCAGCCAACACGAACGGUUGUCAUGUGUAACACAACUUUCGAUCACCGCGAAAACACCGUCCUGGGAAAGCGUCCAUGCUUGAUAUCGUUUGGUUCAUGAACAUUAAGUUUCCAGUACAGGUAAAAUCCCAGAGGAAUCCAAAGCCCUUUCUUUAUUGGCUCCUGCUCCAACCAUGACAAGUUUGAUGCCUGGUGCAGGGUUGCUUCCCAUACCAACCCCAAAUCCCUUGACUACGCUUGGUGUUUCACUCAGCAGUUUGGGAGCUAUACCAGCAGCAGCACUAGACCCCAACAUUGCAACACUUGGAGAGAUACCGCAGCCACCACUUAUGGGAAAUGUGGAUCCUUCCAAAAUUGAUGAAAUUAGGAGAACAGUCUAUGUUGGAAAUUUGAAUUCUCAGACAACGACAGCUGAUCAACUACUUGAAUUUUUUAAACAAGUUGGAGAAGUGAAGUUUGUACGGAUGGCAGGUGAUGAGACUCAGCCAACUCGGUUUGCUUUUGUGGAAUUUGCAGACCAAAAUUCUGUACCAAGGGCCCUUGCUUUUAAUGGAGUUAUGUUUGGAGACAGGCCACUGAAAAUAAAUCACUCCAACAAUGCAAUAGUAAAACCCCCUGAGAUGACACCUCAGGCUGCAGCUAAGGAGUUAGAAGAAGUUAUGAAGCGAGUACGAGAGGCUCAGUCAUUUAUCUCUGCAGCUAUUGAACCAGAGUCUGGAAAGAGCAAUGAAAGAAAAGGCGGUCGAUCUCGUUCCCACACUCGUUCAAAAUCCAGGUCUAGCUCAAAAUCCCAUUCUAGAAGGAAAAGAUCACAGUCAAAACACAGGAGUAGAUCCCAUAAUAGAUCACGUUCAAGACAGAAAGAUAGACGUAGAUCUAAGAGCCCACAUAAAAAACGCUCUAAGUCAAGAGAGAGACGGAAGUCAAGGAGUCGUUCGCGUUCACGGGACAAGAGAAAAGACACCAGAGAAAAGAUCAAGGAAAAGGAAAGAGUGAAAGAAAAAGAUAGAGAAAAGGAAAGGGAAAAAGAGAGGGAGAGGGAAAAGGAACGUGAAAAAGAAAAGGAACGGAGUAAAAACAAAGAUAAAGACCGUGAUAAAGAACGAGAAAAGGAUCGGGAAAAAGACAAGGAAAAGGACAGAGAGCGGGAAAAAGAGCAUGAAAAGGAGCGAGACAAAGAGAAGGAAAAAGAACAGGACAAAGAAAAGGACCGAGAAAAGGACAAAUCCAAAGAAAUAGAUGAGAAAAGAAAGAAGGAUAAAAAAUCCAGAACACCACCCAGAAGUUAUAAUGCAUCAAGAAGAUCUCGUAGUUCCAGCAGGGAAAGGCGUAGGAGGAGGAGCAGGAGUUCUUCCAGAUCGCCGAGAACAUCAAAAACCAUAAAAAGGAAAUCUUCUAGGUCUCCAUCACCUAGGAGUAGAAAUAAGAAAGACAAAAAGAGAGAGAAAGAAAGAGACCACAUCAGUGAAAGAAGAGAGAGAGAACGUUCAACCUCUACAAGAAAGAGUUCCAAUGACAGAGAUGGGAAGGAGAAGUUGGAGAAGAACAGUACCUCACUUAAAGAGAAAGAGCACAAUAAAGAACCGGAUUCAAGUGUAGGCAAAGAAUCAGAUGAUAAGGAUGCCCCCAGGACUGAGGAAAACCAAGUACAGCAGAAUGGGAAUUGUCAGCCAAAUGACGAAAACCUCUCUGCUAAAACAGAAGCAGUAUAGGAUCGACAGAUACACCUCAACGCUGGAAUAAAAUCCAAAGUUUUUAAUUCUGUCAACAAGAUGUAAACAGUGAAGAAAUCCAGUUGAACAUACAGAUCUGAGCUAACAGCUUUUUCAGUUGUUAGGUGACUUCGUGGCCAUCUUGUUUACUGAGUAAGAAAAAAAGCAUGGACAUCAUGAAAAUAACGAUGUUACCCAAACUCUUCAUCUUCUGAAAUCCGUGCAUUUCCAUGGUGGCUGACACACUUGUCAUGUGGUUUGUUAGUGUUUGCCAAGAACCAUUGCAAAUAAAUGGAACAUCAGAGAUCCAAAUUUGUACUAUCCAUAAAGACUGGAGAUAAGCAUUGGAGGCUCUUUCAAAAAAACGCUAGUUACUGAAUUUUGUAUUUUACUUUUUUGAAAAUUUCAUUAUAUACAGUUUGAUGACGUGCUUGAAAUCGGUGCAAAUAUAUACACACCCUUGUAAGUGCAAAGUAUGUAAGAAGUUGUAACAUUUACUUCACAGGAUUUACAGUGAUUGUGUUAAAUUCUCACUAUUGUGUUUUCUUUUGCUCACUGUUUAGGACAGCAGUUUUUCUUUAAAAUAGUUUUAUGGAUUAAAAUUGCUUAAAUCUGUGGAUUAGAAAACAACUGACAAUGCAUGAUACUGUUCUGUUGCAGAAGGAAGAGCAACUGUGUUGAAUACUAAUAAUAAUGUAUUGGUAUUCAGGGCUUAGAAUCAUUGGGUCUCCCCACGAAGUGAGCAUUUCUUUUUGAACUUCCUUGACAUUUCCAAGCUUAUUAUGAAUAAUAUUGCAGUGUGUCUUGUCAGCUGUAGGUGGCAAAGGUGCCCUUCUAAAAAGGAAACUGGGUUUUCAAAGUGGGCUAUGGGAGCACAAGCUGAAGCUUUAGUGCCUUCUAAAAUGUGGUAUACUGUUUUCUAAAAUUUUAUAUGUGCUAGUUCUCAAUUCAUAUGGAACCUAGAUGGAUUUCCAUUCACACCCAUAGAGAAGUGUGCAACUGAUACGUCAGGAGAGCUUCUUACUUAGCUUACCUGAUAUGAAAGGGAAGUCCUGUUUCCAAGAAUGACUUCAGAGCUCAAAACAAAAAUGCAGUUUUGGGACCAUCAGUUUUAUACUGUGAUAAUUGAAAAUGAAGCAUGUUCUUAUUUUUCUUAAAUCAGAGAAAACCCUUAGUUACCUACAUCGGAUGGCCUUAAUUAUUACCUCUCAAUCAUUUUCUCGUAAAUAAUGUGUAGAAAUUAUGCCUAAAGGGAGGACUGGGAGUAUAUGUGAGGUUACUUGUUUUAGGUUUAAGAAUAUGUUUACUUGAGUUUAAAAUAUAGGUCAUCCGUCCUUCUUAGGCUCACUUUUUGCAGAAAGUAUGUUAGUAGUAAAGUGACAACAUUGCCAGUGUUUUUCCUCAGAACUAUAACUCGUGGUUUCAGAACUCUUUUCAUUAUUGUUAUAUUUCUGAAAAUGUAAUAUCUUUGAAUUAGCGUGUUAUUAAAAAAAUCAAGUAUAAUUAUUUUAAUGCAACCUAAUACAAUCAAAUUACUCAGUUGCCUUACCUCAUGGGAAUAGUUACUUUCAUAGAUUUAAAAAGCUGAGUAAUAUGUUAGUUACUUGGUUUCAACUUGAUUUUUCAUUUAAUGUUAAUACUAUUGAAACUUAAGUGUUUGGUGGAGAAUGGAGAGAAUUGUCCUUAUUGCAAUGAAGCCUGGUUUGAUUAUGAAGCUGCUUAAUCACUCUUCAUGUGUUCAGAAUUACUGUUUUUUGUUUUUUUUUGUCACUGUAUACAUUAAAAUUUUGGAAAAUGCUUUACUAUGUAAAGUAUAGAUGGUCAUUUUAAUCAUUCAACCACAUGCGGUUGGCUAGUAAACAGCUUAUUCUGAUACAAGAAUGCUUGGAUGCAUAUGGAAAGAUUGUGAAGGAGUGUGUGUCUUGCAUCCACAGCUGUCUUAUUUAUGAUAUGUAAGUAGAAUAGAGAAAAUGUUGUUUGAAUCUUUGUUAUUUUUAGUACCAUUUCUUUAAUAAAGCUAAGUAUUUUAGAGGAAGAUAUUUGUUUAUGUAUUUCAAAAAAGCAUUUUAGUUUAACCCUCUCAUUUUAGUUGGCAUAGAGAUUGUUUUGACAUGGAGUGCAUGUUUGUGUCUAUAAAACAAUCAUUUUUAAAG